AUGACUACACAAAAUGACGCUGCUGUCUUGAACGCCAUUCUGAAUCCAAUGAUGCCAACUGAUGCUGCCGGUGGAGAUAAGGCCAUUCCUGAUGAUGCUCCUAUCGACCAUCCUAAUAUUGAAGAAUCGAAAAAGACUGAAGUAUUAGGUGUGAAAGAAGCUGAAGCUGGAAAUAUUGACAAGUCGGUUGAACUCUUCACCCAAGCAAUCGAACUCUGUCCAGUCAACCCAUCAGCCUAUAACAAUCGUGCUCAAUCAUUCAGGCUACAGAAUAGAAAUGAAGAUGCUUUAAAAGAUCUCGAAGAAGCUAUAAGACUGAGUAACUCGAACGGAAAAAGUGGUUGUCAAGCUUUAGUUCAACGAGCCCUUCUCCAUAAAAGGCUGGGAAAUGACGACGCAGCAAGAGAAGACUUUCAAACAGCCGCAGAUUUAGGUUCUUCGUUCGCGAAAAUGCAACUCGUUGCUCUGAACCCUUAUGCCGCUAUGUGCAACCAAAUGCUUGCCCAGGUAUUCAACGACUUGAAAGAAGGCAAGGAGACGAAAUGA